AUGCACAAAGACCCUGGUAAGAUAACUGAGAAGGAAAACGAGCUAAAGGAAGAUAAAAGCGAAGAGACCAUAGAGAAAGAAGAACCAUAUGUGCCUCCACCACCGUAUAAACCUCCUAUCCCAUAUCCUCAAAGACUUGUUAAAUCUAAAAGUGUAGGGCAAUUCAAGAAAUUUGUAGAGCUUUUGAAACAAUUAAAUAUCACAAUAACCUUUACAGAAGCCAUCACCCAAAUGCCCUCAUAUGCUAAGUUUCUUAAGGAGAUCUUAUCUAAAAAGAAGAAGAUCGAGGAUAACGAAACCGUUACACUUAUUUCUGAGUGUAGCACUAUAAUACAAAAUAAUAUGCCUCAUAAGCUGAAGGACCCGAGGAGUUUCUCCAUACCCUGUGUAAUCGGAAAGUUUGUCAUAGACAAAGCACUAUGCGACUUAAAAGCUAGUAUUAGCUUAAUGCCUUUGUCCAUAUGCGAAAGGAUUAAAAUGGGAGAAUUAAGACCAAGUAGGAUAUCUGUACAACUUGCGGAUCGUUCUAUUAAAUUUCCUGAGGAUUCCAAUAUCCCUAUCAUAUUAGGAAAACCAUUCUUAGCCACUGCCAGAGCUAUUAUAGAUGUUAAUAAAGGCAAGCUAACCUUUGAAGUUGGUGAGGAAAAAGUCGAAUUUAUUUUGACGCAAUUCUUAAGGGUACCAGCUAUAGAGGAUACAUGUUGUCUGCUAGAUGUCAUCGAUGGAUGUGUAAGAGAAAUGGAGAAUGAACAAACUUCGUACUUCGAAAUACUGAAAAUUCCAAGGCCUCCUACUUUUGAAGAUAAAAAUUAG